AUGAGCAUGAGCGCCAGCGCAAACGCAAGACCACCUCCAACAGCCGGGCCACCAUCGCACGCCUCGCGCCGUCUCCUCAUCUUCCAGGAGACGCGCAACCCGCAGAAUGUCGCAGAGACCAUCUACCUCCCCGUCAACAAGCUAGGUUUACCCAUCUGUGGAUAUGGUCCCGAAUUGCCUUCUAUUCUGGAGUUGCCGCUGCGGGUGCUGAGGGUUUUCACGGAUAUUUUUAAUCAGCCAAAGUAUAAGGGAUGGGCCGUCGUCUCGGCUGGUCGGUACCAUGAUGUCUCAGAAGAAGGGAAAUUUUAUGCUGUGGUCUUGGAGCAGACGCAGAAUACCUCGGUGCAUGCAUCGCAUGAGACUCAUAUGGGGACUCCUUGA